UCGUGUGUGGGGGAAUAUAUUCAGUGUUUUCUUGCUACAGACUGCAAUUGCAUUAGUGCAAGCUUGCGCCCAAUUUGGGGAUUCGGAGGGUCCUUCACGCAUCAGCCAGAAAUAAAACGGCCCCUUCGCCUAGCUCUGCUCGGGGCUUGCUUGGACUUUAUAGUACACGUCCACGUCGCACGGCCUUGGAGUUGGAGUUGGAGGAGAGGAGCUGAGGGACAGGCGGGGAAUCACCAACCGAUGGCCGGCACCCAGCGGUCGGAGGUGGCGCUUGCAGCGGCGGUACGGGACCCGCCGCCGACGCCGCCGUCAUCGAGCUCCGGCUCGGCCGACAUAGGACAAGAGCAGAAGCCCGCCCAGAAUGCCGAGCCGGCGACCUGCGCGGAGCCACCGAUGGGCGCGGAGGAGGGCACGGAGCAUCAGGGCCUCCCUGACAGCUCCGGAGGCGCGCCAUCGCUCCGCAAACUGUCGAUGGUCCCGCUCAUCUUCAUCAUCUUCUACGAGGUCUCCGGCGGGCCGUUCGGGAUCGAGGACACCGUGGGCGCGGCAGGGCCGCUCCUGGCCAUCGUCGGGUUCCUGGCCCUCCCCGUCAUCUGGAGCAUACCGGAGGCGCUGAUCACGGCGGAGCUGGGCACCAUGUUCCCCGAGAACAGCGGGUUCGUCGUGUGGGUGGCCUCGGCGCUGGGCCCGUACUGGGGUUUCCAGCAGGGGUGGAUGAAGUGGCUCAGCGGCGUCAUCGACAACGCUCUGUACCCGGUCCUAUUCCUGGACUACCUCAAGUCCGCCGUCCCCGCUCUGGGCGGAGGCGCGCCGAGGGCGGUGUCCGUCGUCGGCCUAACGGCGCUGCUGACGCUGCUAAACUACCGGGGGCUCACCGUGGUGGGGUGGGCGGCCAUCUGCAUCGGGGUGUUCUCCCUCACGCCUUUCCUCGUCAUGGGGCUCAUCUCCAUCCCCAAGCUCCGGCCGGCGCGAUGGCUCGCGGUGGACCUCCACGACGUCGACUGGAACCUGUACCUGAACACUCUGUUCUGGAACCUCAACUACUGGGACUCCGUCAGCACGAUAUCCGGAGAGGUGAAGAACCCCGGCAAGACUCUGCCCAAGGCGCUGUUCUACGCGGUCAUCUUCGUGGUGGUCGGCUACCUGUACCCGCUCCUCGCGGGGACCGGGGCAGUGCCGCUGGACAGGGGGCAGUGGACAGACGGCUACUUCGCGGACAUCGCGAAGCUGCUGGGCGGCGCGUGGCUCAUGUGGUGGGUGCAGGCGGCGGCGGCGGUGUCGAACAUGGGGUUGUUCGUGGCGGAGAUGAGCAGCGACUCGUACCAGCUCCUGGGCAUGGCGGAGCGGGGCAUGCUGCCUGCCUUCUUCGCGUGGCGGUCGAGGUACGGGACGCCGCUGAUCGGCAUCCUCUUCUCGGCCUCCGGCGUGCUGCUGCUGUCGACCAUGAGCUUCCAGGAGAUCGUGGCGGCCGAGAACUUCCUCUACUGCUUCGGCAUGCUGAUGGAGUUCCUGUCGUUCGUGCUGCUGCGGGUGAGGAUGCCCGACGCCCCGCGGCCGUACAGGGUGCCGCUGGGCACGGCCGGGUGCGUGGCCAUGCUGGUGCCCGCGACGGCGCUGAUCGCGGCGGUGCUGGCGCUGUCUACGCUGAAGGUGGCGCUGAUCAGCCUCGGGGCGGUGGCCGUCGGGCUUGUGCUGCAGCCUGCGCUGAGGUUCGUGGAGAAGAAGCGGUGGCUCAGGUUCUCCGUCAACCCGGACCUCCCGGGGAUUGACGUGACCCACCAGCCGGUCGCGCCGGACGACCCGUUGGUCGUGUAGGCAUGCUUGUAUAUCCUGUGUUGAAUGUUGAUGCUCUGAACCCGCCGACCAAAAUCAACGAGGCAGGAUCAUGCUUUUUGAUCUAUUUUGGGGUGAAUUAUAUAUGUCGAGAUCUUUUUAA